AUGGUGGGUGGGUGGGUGGGAGUCGGGAGGAUGGGUGGGUGGGUGGGUGAGGGGGGAAUUAAGGAGAUGGGUGUGGUGGGGUGGGUGUGGAUUGAGUUGAUGUAUGAAGGAUAUGUGAUGGGGGGGGUUUGUGGUGUUUUGGGUGUGGGUGUGUGUGUGUGGGGGGGUUGGUGUGGGGUAGGUUGUGUGGUGUUUGAUGUGUGGUGGGUUGGUUGGGUGGGUGUGGGGGGUUGUUGGGGUUUUUUGUUGGUUGUUUGGGUGGGGGGGUGUGGUUGGGUUGUGGGGGGUUGGGGUGGGUUGUGGUGGUGGGUUGGGGUUGGGGGUUGUGGGUGUGUGGGGUGGGGUGGGGGGGGUGGUUUGGGUGGGGGGGUGGGGUUUUUGGGGUGUUGGGUGGUUGUUUGGUUGGGAUGUUGGGGGGGGGGGUGGGUGGGGGGGGUUUGUUUUGGUGUGGGGGUGGUGUUUUUGUGUUUGUUUGUGUUUUUUUUGUGUGUGUGUUGGGGGUUGGUGUGUUUUGGUUGUGUGUGGUUGGGUGGGUGUGGGGUGGUUUGUGUUGGUGGGGUGGUGGGGGUGUGGGGGUUGGGGGUGGGGGUUGUUUGUUGUUGGGGGGGGGGGGUGGGGGGGUUGGUGGGUGGUGGGUGGGGGUUGUUGGUUAGGGGUGGGGUGGGUUUGGGGGGUGGUUGGUUGUGGGGGUGUGUGGUGGGGGUGGUGGUGGGGGUGGUGUGGGGUGGUUGUGUGGUGUGGUGGUGGGGGGGGGGGGGUGGGGUGGUGGGUGGGUGGGGGGGGGGGUGUGGGUGGGGGGGGGGGGUGGUGGGUGGGGGGGGGGGGGGGUGGGGUUGUGGUUUGUUGGGGGGGUGGGGGGGGGGGGGGGGUGGGGGGGUGGGUGGUGUUUGUGUGGGGGUUGGGGGGGGGUGGUUUGGGGGUGGGUGUUUGGGUGGGGGUGUGUGGUGGGGGGGUGGGUGUGGUUGGUGUUGUGGUGUUGGGUUGUUUGUGGGUGGUGGUGGGUUUGUGGGGGGGUGGUGUUUUUUAGUGGGGGGUUGGGUGUGGGGUGGGGGGUUGGUGGUUUGGGUUGGGGGGGGUUUGUGGGGUGUGUGGGUUGGGGUGGGGGUGGGUGGGUGGGGGGGGGGGUGUGGUGGGGUUGGGUUGUGGGGUGUGGUUGUGGUGUGUGUGUGUUUGGGUGGGUGGUUUGGGGGGGAGGGGGUUGGGGGGGGGUGGUUGGGGGGGGGUGGUGGUUGGAUGUGGUGGGGUGGUGGGGUUUUGUUUUUGGUGGUUGGGGGUGGGUUUGGUGGGUGGGGGUGGGUGGGUGGUGUGGGGUGUUUGGGUGUUGGGUGGUUGUGUGUGGGUGUUUGGUUUGGGUUUUUGGGUGUGGUGGGGAGGGGAGGUGUUUUGGUGUGGUUUGUUGGUGUGUUGGGGUGGGGGGGUGGUGUGUUGUGUGGUUGGGUAGGGGGGGUGGUGUUUUGGUGGUGUGUAUUGGGGUGUUUAGUGAAUGUGGUUUGGGAGGGGUUGGUUGGGGUUGGGGGUUGUGUGGGGGGGGGGUUGUGGUUGGUGGGAGUGUGGGUUGGGUGGUGGUUGGUUUGUGUGGGGGUGGGGUUGGUGUGGUAUAUUUGUUUGUUGGUGUGUGUUGUGUGUUUGGUUGUGGGGGUGGUUUUGGGGGGGGUGGGUUGA